AUGGGUAGCAUUGCUACAAAGUCAGACGGUGAACUCAAUGACAUCAACGCUACGGAAGUGGUGGCAGCUUCCGAAAGCUCAGAUGAUCAAUAUGGAGCCCCCGAAAUUGAUGACGAGAACGUUGACGCAGGAUCAUCUUCCUCCUACGACGCUACGGAGUUGAUGGCAGCUUCCGAAAUCCCAAGGGAUCGAUAUGAAGCCUCUGAGAUUGACGACCAGGAGGUGGACGCAGAGUCUUCUUCAUCCUAUGGAAGAGGUCGUGAAAAUCUCGAUGGCCAAGCUUAUCAAGCCGUGGAAAGCCGGGACAUUGAUUCGCUGGAGGAUGAUAGCGGCUCGGCACCAUCUUCUGCGAUUUCGGGAAAGGAAUUGCUACUCUAUCGGCUCAGGACGAGGGAGAAAAAGGGCAAAAAUUACGGGCAGACUCGUAGACGUCUUCCAUCGUCUAGACUGAAUAGAAGCAUCAGUGCCGACGACAUGGAGGAGACCUCGCAGGAGCACGACGAAAGACCUCUUACUCCGUGUCCGGAGCCACCACGCCCUAAUUCGGCGCCAACGGUCCAUCAAUCUGAAAGUGUAUUUGACUGGAGUGACGACUCGAGUCAAUCUGAAGACGAGGAGGAUCUGUCCGAGAUCGAGCAAGAUCAGUCCGAAGACAAUCAGCAGGAGAGCGUGGUACCUGGCCCAAAUCCCGGGUUUCAAGCUAGAAACGACAAACAUAAACCGGAGACCGGUUCUUUAAAGUUCCAAGACAAAGAGUUCAAAACCAUCAAGAGUCCUAAGGAAGCCGAUUUUUAUCUGAACGAAGAGCGCGUUCACUUCCGAAACAGGGAGAGAUACAAUUGCGGCCAUGAUAUCGACCACUACUCAUGGGAGGGCUUCGACAAGCGUAAAGAGAACGUGGAAGACCUUGAAUGGGAAGUGUCGGAACAAAUAUACGACAACCAGAUGGAAGAAUCACUUGAUGCGGUAAAGAGAUGGGGAUCUUACCAACGGGAGAUGCUAACAACUUGGUGGAAAGAAAAGAUGUCAUGGUGCAUCACAAGAGACAGAUGGGUCGACGAGAGGACAAAGUUGAAAGACGAGAUCAAGCUACACAAGGCCAAGUUACACAUGGCCGAGCAUAGCAAUCGGCGGCCAGAGACCGAGCUGGAUCUCACCUUUGGGGAAGCAAUCGCCGUCUCUCCCACUGCCCAGGACCCGCUAGAAACCUACAGGAUGGAUGGAGAGUCUUGGUGGAUUUCUCCUGAUUCUACCGAGCAAGUAUCUAGCGAAGAAUCAUCACUAGGGGGCACGGCAUUCAACGACAGCAUGAUACCAACUGGACUGGAGCAAGCCUCGGAUUCCGGGCGGCCGUGUCGCUGCUGCGGAGCCGAGUAUGGAAGUUGCAAAUGUGCCAGCAAUUACAGUCCAGAGGAAGUUGAAGAUUUGAGGAUGGAGAACCAAAAGCUGAAGUGGAGACUGGAGCAACAAAAUCAGAUGGAGCGGCUCAGGAAAGCGGCCAGAAAUCAGCCGAGCAGCCGGAAAUGGGAGCGGAUUAUUGGAGAUGUGGCUGGCAAGAUUGAAAGAAUUCAGGUGGAGCUUCUCGCAAAGCGGAUUCAGCUUCUUUCCAUGGAUGGAGCGCUUGCGCUUGAAGGAGGCGACGUGACGGUGUCUCUGUCCAACAUCAGCACAUCGAUACUGCACAAGCCUUUCACGCGGACAGAAGAGCUUGGCGAAAGGGGAAGGGUCCGACGGGAGGUGGUGGAGCAGCUAUCCAAUAGCGUAGGAAUCGAGUGUAGGGAUGGAUCGAGAGGAGAGUCGGGGGAUAGGUGGACGUUGUAUGACAUGGAAAGGACGAGGCUGUUCUACGAGGACGCUACAGAGGAGCUAGUCGCUCGGGUUGAGCGUCGGGAUUGA